UGGAAUGAAGAGAUAUUGGGUAGCUCAGGGGCUAAAUAGCACGGUAAAAAAGAUAGAUACUGUCCGGCGACUACAUGUAUCCAGGACUGAUUUGUCUCGCGACUGUGUCAACCCUUUUCCCACCAUCCAUCUUUCUCGCGAUCAAUCCACAUUCGCAGAACCGCAAACUAGACUUCAUCUGUGGAAGUUUGGGAAGGACACACAUCAUAAAAGUACGAUUGACCACAUAGUUUGAUUGUGAUACAAUAGAACAUCGUCAUGUCGUCUAAAAAGGAAAACGGAAGCAAUGGCAGCAAGCGAAAGUUGGUGGAGCUGGACGAGGAAACCUUGAACUCGGGCGCAGAAGGGUUCACUGCCUCCCAGGUAUUUGUCAAGAAUCCUGCCUGUGUCGCCUACACCUACGAUGACUUGAUCAUGAUGCCUGGACAUAUUCAUUUCGGUGUGGGGGAUGUCGACAUUUCUUCCAAUUUCACCAGGAACAUUCGCUUGAACGCACCUUUCGUCUCAUCUCCCAUGGACACUGUCACAGAACAUCAAAUGGCCAUCACCAUGGCACUGCAGGGUGGAAUUGGAAUCAUCCAUUCCAACCUAUCCAUCGAAGAGCAAGCCGCUGAAGUCAGAAUCGUCAAGAAAUUCAAAAACGGUUUCAUUCUCGAUCCCGUAUGCUUGGGCCCUGAAAGUACUGCGGCGGAUGUUCUUAAAAUUAAAAGACAAAAGGGAUUCUCAUCCUUUCCCAUAACCGACAAUGGAAAAAUUGGUGGCAGACUCAUGGGUAUCAUUUCAAAUCGAGAUACUGCUUUCAUCGAAGAUCGAAAGGCCAAAGUCAAAGAGUUCAUGACACCACGCGAAAAACUUGUCGUGGCCAAGGAUGGAGUCAGUCUUCAGGAAGCUAACGAAAUACUCAAGACAAGCAAGAAGGGAAAACUACCCGUUGUCAACGAAAAUGAUGAAAUCGUGGCUUUAAUCGCAAGGACAGAUCUACAAAAGAACAGGGACAAUCCCCUCGCUUCCAAAGACAAAGUCAACAAACAGCUUCUCGUGGGGGCGGCUAUUGGAACCAGACCCACCGAUCGUGAUCGAGCUGCUGCUCUCGUAGAAGCAGGGGUUAACGUCAUUAUCAUUGACUCUUCCCAGGGAGACUCAGUCUACCAGAUUGAAAUGGUCCAGUAUCUCAAGGAAAAGUACCCAGAUGUAGACAUUAUCGCUGGAAACGUUGUCACACCCUCGCAAGCCAAUCGUUUGAUCCAAGCUGGUGCCGACGGUCUUCGAGUUGGGAUGGGGAUUGGAUCCAUCUGUACAACCCAGGAAGUCUGUGCUGUUGGACGUGCACAGGCAAGUGCGGUCUAUCACGUGGCCAAGUUUGCCAAGAAAUUCGGAGUGCCAAUCAUUGCGGAUGGUGGUGUCAAGUCGACUGGACAUAUCACCAAAGCGCUUUGCCUCGGAGCUGGAUCUGUCAUGAUGGGAAGCAUGGUGGCGGGCACUGAUGAAUCUCCCGGUGAGUACUUCUAUCAAGAUGGAGUUCGACUCAAGCGAUACCGGGGCAUGGGUAGCGUCGAGGCAAUGGAUGCUGGAGGCGAUAAACGAUACGUUUGGGACGACAUGACAACCAAAGUCAAAGUUGCUCAAGGUGUCAGUGGAGCCGUGCAGGACAAGGGAACUUUGCGUCGCUACAUCCCCUACUUGAUGCAGGGCGUCGGUCAUGGACUUCAGGAUGCCGGAAUCAAGAGCGUCGCAGAAGCUCACGAAAAAUUGUAUUCGGACAAGUUGCGCUUUGAGAUUCGCUCGCCAGCAGCUCAGAAGGAAGGUAGCGUGCAUGGUCUUCACAGCUACCAGAAGCGUUUGUACUAGCUAGCUACCGUAGGCAGCUAUCAGAAAACUCUCUUGUCUGCACAAGGCGCCCAAGGAUCCAGAAAGUUCCAAGAAGUUGUUUGCGGAAGCGCAGUAUCAUGAUAAGUUUUAGAAUGCAUAGAUCUAGUUGGCUUUGGUGUUUGCGCUUCGACAAUAAAUUAAUUUCUUCUUGGCUGACUGGCUAGACUAUCCGGAUACGAUUGAUACUGACUAGAGCUCAACCAAGGUUAUUUACUAGUAAUUGCUGA